CAAGCAGAAGAAAGAGAUUUGACAGUUGUCGCGGGUUUGUUUACAUAGUAAAAUUUUCGGCUCGAAUAAAAAUGCGGAAGUGUCUUGUUAAAAAUUGCGUUUCCAAGAAUAAACCAAAAGAUCACAGUAAUGAAUUCGCAUAGGCGGAAAGUUUUUUCUUUUUUUUGGUACUCGUAUCAUUCAUUUUCACUCCUAUCACAUAAAAAGUGGAUGGAACACCUUGUAAACAAACCCGUGGGAAAUGUCAGAAAAGUGAGGUUAUUUUUCGUGUGCAAUGAUCUACUAAUACCAUUAAAAUCGCAAUCGCGCACUUGACGUAUACUAAAGCCGGAAAAAUCGUAAAUAUAUCAUUCAUAAAGUGUUUUCUGCUUAAAAAGUUACAUUAGCGAAUAGUAUCAGCAAUCGGUAAUGUAAAAAAAGUCUUAAGUAUUGUAGUACUUCAUUUGCUGGCGUAUCUUAAUUGAAUCCUAAUAAUGAGCCACCAUAGACAAAAAGUUGGUUAUCCCAUUUCGAACUACGAUCGAUUUUCCCGUGCAAAUAGUAAUUGCGAUGCGAUUAGAGAUCCACCUCCACCGGGAACCAUACCGAUGUCGUCAUUUCCAACAACCACCCUGACGACACACAUUCUACAGCCAAACUUCAGCGUUCCCCCGCCGGUUCUUCCGCCGAUAAGAACCACACCAACAUCGGAACGUCAUGAAUCCUUGAAGGACGAAAGCAAUUACAAUCGGGGAACGUCAUCAGUUUCCUCUAGCCAACGGUACAAGUCAUUCCAGUCUUCGUCUUCUCGGAGCUAUGGCUCAUCAACGUCGAGUAGGAACGAAGAUCGAUCUUCAAGCAGGUAUUCGUCCUAUUCAGGAAGAAGUAGUAGCAGAUGUCGUUCUUCGCCGCCCACUUCGGAACGACCAUCGUACGGUAGUCGGAGUUAUUCGGUGCCGCAUCGAGAGCAAAGUCGUCGCAGACCGCGCAGUCGUGAUCGUGAUUAUUCAUCGCAAUCGAGGUCCGAUUCGCGUAAGAGGGAUUCCUCGCCAACCCAAAGUGAGAAAAAGGAACGGCCUUCCAGAGUGUCACGUUUUAAACUAGAUUCCGAACGUGAAGCUAUUCUUUCGAAAUGGCGCAAAAAUUUCUGCGAAACUCCAGAGGAUAUCCGCCGAAAGCUUGCUGAGCUGACGAAUAACGAAGAGAAGAGUAGCUGGGUUCGAUCGUCGCCGGCAGAUCUGUACUAUCGUCGAGUAUCAGAUAAAGUAGUGGAAGGUACGCCAAGGUUGGAUGCACUUUGUGUCUUGUUUGAACGGGAAUUAUUGACGCGUUCGGACCGAGCCCGUGCUAAUCAAACGCCCUACGAGCCACCGCCACGGAAGCACAAGAUUCGCAUCUGCCGCCAUAAAAAUGACAGGUGUUCCUCUUCGGAUUCUUCGGAUGAUGAGCUGAAUUUUGAAGACGAAUGUAGUAUGGAAGAGUUGACGGUGAAAAUUAAGCAUCCGUACCGAUUACAUGUUGAUCUGUGGUAUAAUGAUCCCGGGGAAAUGAAUGAUGGCCCCCUAUGCCGGUGUUCGGCUAGAUCUAGAAGAACUGGGAUAAGACACGGAAAAUAUCCGGGUGAAGUUGGAUUCAGCAAAUGCCUGCCGAAUUCGAAUAAUGCCGAGAAACUGUAUCACUACAGAAUAACUAUUUCUCCGCCAACAAAUUUUCUCACUAAAACUCCAACCAUUAUCAAACACGACCAGCACGAGUUUCUGUUUGAAGGAUUUUCACUGCUGUCCCAUCAACCGAUUGGAGAAUUGCCGACCUGUAAAGUGAUCCGCUUUAACAUCGAAUAUACAAUUCUUUAUUUGGAAGAGCAAAUGCCGGAUAACUUUACCAUUCGGGAGCUAGAUCUAUUUGAACGAUUUCUUUUUAAAGAGCUGCUAGAAUUGGUGGACUUUAGUGUUUUUCCAUCCGGUGCCAGUAACGAAAAUUCCUGUCCAUGCUAUCAUUUUCUGCCUCGUUUUGUGAGGGAUUUACCGGACAACGGAAAGGAAGUGCUGGCCAUGUGCGAAGUGCUGCGUUAUUUGUUGGAUAAUUCGGGGCCACUUAUAGCGGUGGACAUUCUGAAGGAAAUGAACGAUAUGAGCCAGGUAGAGUGGCAAGAUUAUGUGGACUAUGUGAAAGGAAUGGUUGUUACGAACCCCGGUAUGAAACCAUGCUCGGUACGCGUUGAUCAGCUCGACCGUAAUGUGACGGAUGUUUCGCAGGCCAGUUUAACGGACGAGCAAGGAUUUGUGCAUCCAGUUAUAGUACACUUCGGGAUUAGGCCGCCUCAGCUGAGCUACGCGGGUAAUCCGGAGUAUCAGAAGGCGUGGAGAGAAUAUGUAAAAUUUCGUCAUCUGAUUGCCAACAUGUCUAAGCCAUCUUUCGAAGAUAAACGAAAAUUAGAAGCAAAGGAAAAUCGUUUGUUGGAAAUGCGCACUCAGGGGAGGAUGAAACGGAAUAUCACGGUUGCGGUGAGCGCCAAAGGAUUCUAUCGGACCGGAAUUAUGUGUGAUAUGGUACAGCAUGCUAUGGUAAUCCCAGUAUUGACAGGGCAUUUGCGUUUCCACCGGUCGCUCAAUGUGUUGGAAAAAUACAUCGAUUACACUUUCAUUAAUCGGUACACGCUGCAGCUCGCGUUGACGCAUCCUUCGUACAAGGAAAAUUUCGGCACCAAUCCCGAUCAUGCACGAAAUAGUUUGACCAAUUGUGGUAUUCGACAGCCAGAAUACGGAGAUAGGAAGAUACAUUUUAUGAAUACGCGAAAACGUGGUAUUAACACUUUGAUCAGUAUCAUGUCUCGCUUCGGAAAAGAGUACGAAACGGAUAGUAACAUCACACACAAUGAACGGCUAGAGUUCCUCGGUGAUGCCGUGGUGGAGUUCAUCACCUCCAUUCAUCUCUUUCAUAUGUUUCCUGAUCUCGAAGAAGGCGGUUUGGCCACAUAUCGCGCUGCUAUAGUUCAAAAUCAGCACCUGGCGGUUUUGGCGAAAAAGCUUCAUUUGGAAGAGUUUAUGCUCUACGCGCACGGCUCUGAUCUGUGUCAUGAGCUCGAGCUUCGGCACGCACUGGCUAAUUGUUUCGAAGCACUAAUGGGUGCACUGUUACUGGACGGAGGAAUUGAGACUGCCGACCGUGUUUUCGCGUACGCUCUCUUCCAGGAGGACGACAGUCUGCGCUCUAUUUGGGUCAAUUAUCCACCACAUCCGUUGCAGGAACAGGAGCCGCUUGGUGACCGUCAUCAUAUUGAAUCCUUUGAUAUGUUGAAAACAUUGACACGGUUUGAGGAUUCGAUUGGAGUUCAGUUUAAUCACAUCAGGCUGCUUGCUAGGGCAUUCACCGAUCGUUCGAUCGGGUUCACUAACCUCACAUUGGGGUCCAAUCAACGGUUGGAAUUUCUUGGUGAUACCGUGCUGCAGUUGAUAUGUUCUGAAUAUUUAUACCGACAUUUUCCCGAGCACCACGAAGGUCACCUGUCACUGUUGAGAAGUUCCUUGGUAAAUAACAGAACCCAGGCGGUGGUUUGUGAUGAUUUGGGUAUGACAUCCUAUGCGGUUUAUUCCAAUCCCAAAGCGGACUUGAAAACCAAAGAUCGAGCCGAUUUGUUGGAAGCUUUUCUAGGAGCCUUAUAUGUAGAUAAGGGUUUGAAACACUGCGAAACCUUUUGCCACGUUUGUUUGUUUCCCAGGUUGCAGGAUUUUAUUAUGAAUCAAGACUGGAAUGAUCCAAAAUCGAAGCUGCAACAAUGUUGUUUAACCCUGCGAACAAUGGACGGUGGAGAACCGGACAUACCGAUCUACAAAGUCAUUGAAUGCAAUGGACCAACGAAUACACGAGUCUAUACAGUUGCCGUUUAUUUCCGCGCAAAACGAUUGGCAUGCGCAAAUGGGCACAGCAUCCAGCAAGCAGAAAUGAAUGCCGCUAAACAAGCAUUGGAAAAUUCAAAAGAUUUAUUCCCUCAGCUCGAUCAUCAAAAGCGUGUAAUUGCUCAAAGUCUGAAGCGACAGAGAGUUCGCAGAUCGUCACUGGAUGAACGCUCGGAAGAUCAACUAGACCGAAGAGGAGGUGCUUCCUCGGAGUCUUCAUACAACAAUGAACGAAGUAGUGAAUCUCAGCGAAAGAAACGGAUACGUGCUACUGAUUCUCCUCAACUUCCCAGGCAAUACCAGGUACCGGGUGGAAGUGAUAGCGAUAGUCAUGACGAGCGGGAGAAACGGAAAAGGCGUCCCAAAAAACCAAAGGCUAGUUCGCGAAGUGUAGAGAAAACGUCGGAAAAGCAUAACCAACCGAAACCCAAAUCCCCUGCGCAAAAACCUUUAGAUAGUCUAGUAGACCAGUAUGAAUCGUUAUCGGACGAAGUUGAUCUUCAGCUGGAAGCCAUUUCUGAGUCCGAAGAAGAUUUUGACAAAACAGCAGCAGCGACUGUCGAAGAAGAUCUCAACACCAGCAUAGUAAAAGAUACUGCCUGUAAAUCCGAAGAAAGGGAGAUGCCUAAAACGCAGCAAGAUACUUUUGCGAAUUCCGUACUAAUGUUCAAAGUUGAUGGCACCGAUGAUGUGUCGUCGGAUCUGGAAUCCGGCGAAAUUGAAUAAAUACGCUUGUGUACAUAUUUCUACGAAAUGCAUGCACAACUAAUAAAGAUAAAUUGAAACUUU